UAGCCUUCUACAGUCCAAGCUGUUGAUAGUUAAGGCUUUGCCUCCAUGCAGCCUUUGCCUCGUCAACCACAUUUCCUCCUAGUUGGGGAAGGAAACUUCUCCUUCUCAGUCCAUUUGUAUGAAGAAAGAGGCUCUGAGGUUCAUAUUAUUGCAACCUGCUAUGGUAGCGAAGAGUCUAUUUCUGGACAAGUUUUCACCAAGUCCAACGUACAGUUUCUAAGAGACAAAGGUGCUGAAGUCUACUUUUCUGUCAACUGCACAAAACUGAAGGAAUACUUCUUGCCAGCUGUGAGGAAUUUUGACCGUAUUUAUUUUAAUUUCCCCCAUUGUGGAAAAAAGGCUGGAAUAAAAAAGAACAGGGAGCUUCUUGCCAAGUUUUUCUGUAGCUGUGCAGAUGUUCUGGCAGAGAAAGGAGAAAUCCAUGUGGCACUUUGCAGAGGACAAGGGGGAACCCCUGCAGACCAGCCUGUGCGGGAGUGGCACAACAGCUGGCAAGUGGUGGCAAUGGCAGCAGAAGCAGGAUUUAUCUUGAGCGGCAUUCAGCCAUUUAACAUCAGGGAUGCUGGUGGAUAUAAAUGUACAGGCUACAGGAAUCAGGAUAAAUCUUUCUGCAUUGAAGGAGCCGUGAAUCACAUAUUCACCCGGAGUAUGCCAUUUCCCCAUUCAAGACCUUUGAUUUGCGAAGUGGAGCUGGAAGGCAAACCAGUUUCUUGCCAAAUUCCACAGAUAUUUGUAGAUAAGAUAAACAGGAACUACUUAGAUAUUAAUUCGAACCAUCCUGUAAGAACUAUAAAUGAAAAGCUAAUUGAGGAGCUCGGCAGAUUUUUCCCAGUUCAGAAAGUGAAUUCUUCGCUUCCCUUGGUAUACAAAGACACUUCUGCUUCUCCUUCCACACCAGAUGCCUUUUGGAUAGUUCCUGUUGCCCAAAGACACUCCAAAAUUAAUUCUGUGGCUACUAAAAGUGACAUGGAGAUGUUUGUUUCUUCAGGCUUCCCUAACUGGGAAGGAACCAAUCAGGAUCUUGAUUUGAGUUGGACCUCGGGACAAUAUUAUCUUCGGCCUUCCCUGUUGAUUUUUCUUCAUUCUAUUAUAAAGCAGACAGACUUUUCCCCUCGGACUCUGUUGGCCCUCAGCGGACUGGCCUUUAAAAAAUGUAAGCUCUCUGUUCACGUUCCUCCCAUUUUUCAUGAGGCCAUCUUUGUCUGUGCAGUUAAGAAAGACUCAGAAGAUGCGCAGCUCCUGAUAGAAAACCUCAGAGAUACGUUAAACUCUUUACUCCCGUUGUCAGGUGUUAAGUUGGACUCUCUGAAGCAGGACCCAGAAACCAAUCAACAGGAUACCUUUUUUCCUUCUUCUUCUUCCCUUUUCCUGCACAAACCCAAAUACGGUGUGACCGUGAGCUGCGAGGGCUUUGAUUCUGGCACGAAGGAACUUUGUGUGGGAACAAUAAACACCGUUCCAUGGCCACCUUCAAGUGCCGAUCAAGACAUUGUUUGCGUUUCUUUGAACCUCGAUCUUCUGGCAAUGUGCAUGUGUGGAAUUUCUGACUGGCGCAUGCUCUGGACUUCGGAUGAGCGUUUUGCAAACCAGUUUGCGGGGGGGCAUUUAGGCCUUUUCGAGAACUUUUCCCUCCAUCCGCCAACCUACGUGCAUGGCAUCAGCUUCUGGGUUCCAGAAACAGAAGCAUUCCAUGAAACCCAGUUUCACACUAUUGCCAGGCGCGUGUCUUUGGAAACGGUUGUGUCCAUCCAGCUGCUUGAGAGUUUUCGGCACCCGGGCACAGCACGAACCAGCCUGUGCUACAGGCUCAUCUACCAAUCUUGUGACAAAGCACUCGGUCGCCAUCAGGUGGCCGCCAUGCAGAUGGAGCUUAGGAAGGAACUGCAGUGCUGCCUGCGGGUGAUGGUUAGGUAGGAAGACGGGAAGGGAAACCUGGGAGAGAGUGGUUUUUGCCACAGACCAGUAUGUUGGUUCUUGUGAGCUGUCUGGAUGUUACAAUGAGAGGUCUGUGUGAGUGUGCUUUUACCUCGUGUUACACCAUGUGGCACCACAUCACUUUUCUUCACGCUGUUCCUUAGGUUGGGAGUUGUAUAACCUGGGGACCUUGGAAGUUGCUAUCGCAACACGUGUCAGAAGAGGAAAAUGGUUAAAUAUGCGACAAGUAAACCUGUUAGCUCAAGAGCCAGUUUGGUGUAGUGGUUAAGGCAGUGUUUCUCAACCUUGGCAACUUGAAGACGUCUGGACUUCAACUCCCAGAAUUCCCCAGCCAGCUGUGCUGGCUGGGGAGUUCUGGGAGUUGAAGUCCAGACGUCUUCAAGUUGCCAAGGUUGAGAAAC